UGUUCUAUGGCAUAUAUGUUUGGCCUCAUUCUUCAUCUGCACAUUCGGCAAUAGGUACCUACCAAAGGUCGACAUUGUUUUGAUAUGUGGGCUACAAUCACCAUUUUCAUUAUCUUCAUAGCAUUGUCCGUCAAAGCAGGUACAGGUAGGCAUAGUGCCCAUUAUGCACUAGGUUACUAUGAUUCCAGUCUUUCCAGAUGGCACGGUUUUAUCUUCUUCAUCGGGCUUCUUCUCGCCGCAUACACGCUCUCCGCUGUUGGAAUGAUCGCCUCAAUGGCAGAGGAAUGCGCAAACCCUACCAUCAGGCUUUCGCAGGCAAUCAGUCUAGGCGUACCAGUUGGGGGAAUUACUGGCCUAUUUUUUGUCCUCCCCAUAUGCUUCACCUUGCCAUCAUUACACGAAAUCCUUAACGCCCCCGCCGGACAGGCUCUUCCAUACAUUUUCUACAUCGUCAUGGGAGGUCCUGAAGGCGGCUUGGGGCUCACCGUGCUAAAUCACCCUUUUCUGUUCCAUCAACAUCACCGUAGCCGCUUCUCGAGCCACCUGGGCCUUCGCCCAUGACGAUGCCAUCCCACUGGCAAAUAUUUGGUCCCACGUUAACCCCCAUCUUGGAGUACCCGUGUGGU